CAACAGGAGAAGAUGCAAGACUUCCAGGAAGCAGGAGAUGAGAAAAUGAAGGUUUGUGAUGAAAGAGGGAGUAGAGUCACAGCAUGACCAUGUGUUUACCUGGGCUGAGAGUGGGAGAAGGUUAAUGUAGUGUAUCUGCACUGUCACACUGUCUGUCACACCAUGACCCUUCAAUGCUUGCAGAUCUGAAGGGGCUGGAUAGGUAUAAGCAGUGUAAUGGUCAAGCUUCGACCAUAUUGCUUCCACCUUAUAGAUCUGCAAACAUGGAAGGGUUAGGGGUCAAGGGGCAGGGGUUAGGAGCAAAGUGGGAGUGUGUACUGGCUCUCUGUGGGUGGGGGUGGUUAUAUAUAUAAACCUCUAGCACCCCGAAGACCACAACAGGUGGCCUCUCCUCUCCAGCCUCCACCUGUCUUUCCUUUUCUAGAGGCCACAUGCAUGGUGACCGGGCCCAGAAAGGAUCCGUCAUUCAGGAAAUGGUAUGCUGCUCUGCCAAGGGGAUGGCGUGAGCCCAGUUAGCGCAGGAACCCCGCACCCCCAGUCACCGGAUCACACGGCGGCAGCUGGUCCCAGGUGCUAUUUUCACUCUGCAUUUAUAAAGUAGUGAGCAGCAGUCGGCCGCGCCAUGAAACAGACACAGGAGCAGAGCCAGUCCCAGACCCCAACUCAGUCCCCUGCCUUAGACACCCAGCCAGGUCCACCAUGAAGUCCACAGGGAGCGAACAGGGCGCCGCGCCGGACGGUUUCCCCUCCGACCUGGACGAGCUGGAUAGCGGAAGCGAGGAGAGCUCCGACAACAAGUCGACGGGCGGCGGCUGUAGCCCCCAGGGAGGGGGCCGUGAGGGGGCCAGGCAGAGGGAGAGAGGGUGCAGCGGCAGCAGGCGUCUGCCAGGCGUUAGCAAACAGAGGCAGGCAGCCAAUGCGAGGGAACGGGACCGGACCCACAGCGUGAACACGGCGUUCACCGCACUGCGCACCCUCAUUCCCACAGAACCGGCCGACAGGAAACUGUCCAAGAUCGAGACGCUGCGCCUGGCGUCCAGCUACAUCUCCCACCUUGCCAACGUGCUGCUGCUGGGGGACGAGUGUGUGGACGGCCAGCCCUGUCACAGGUACCACAGCAUCCUGCAGAGCAGCACCAACAUCAGCAGCAGCAGCCCCCCACUCAGGCCCAUAUGCACUUUCUGUCUCAGUAACCAGAGGAAAAUGCUCAGAGAUGGAGAUAUGCACACAGCCAUCUGACAUGGGCACGCACUACUGUCAAGACAAGGAUGCAACAAGGAUGCAUACCAAGUCACACUGAUGUUUACAUGUACCUACGAGUGAAAGAAAAAAUCUAUAUAACUGUACAUAUUUUUGCAAAAUCUUCAGACAAAAACCCCCACUGAUAUGCACUUUCCGUUCACUACAUGUGCGUCUUAUCCACUGUGUUUUGGUAAAAUUGUAACUCAAGCACAAUGUGUAAGGUUGCACCUGACAGUGGGCUAUUUCGGUAUCAGAAAUAGUAAGCCCUAGUGUUGCGCUCCUAAAAAACAGUCUUGCCUCCCCCAUGCAGCCAGUCACAUGGUUGUAACCAAAGCCUAGGCCAUGCAGCGGUUGCUGUCAGUAGAGUAGUGGACUGGUUGGCUUGUCUCCUGACUGACUAAUCUUUAGCCAGCUGAGGAGAGGGUGCCUUGCUUGAUUAUUAUGAAUUGUAACUGCCAUUCAAACUCAAUUCCAUGGCCCCAAAUAUACUUUGGUAGCUGCAAUAUUUAAUGUAAUUUUAACCAGGAUAGUCCACUUAGUAAAUGAGUAUAAACCACUGCUUUCGAGGGCGUCUUGAAAUUUAAAUGGGGGAGGCAAAACAACAAAUAUAGAAUGUGCUUGAAUCCAAAUAUUAUGAAUUAAAGUGUUAUAUGUAGGCCACGUCCACUAGUACAGCAGAAGCAACCCAACCGUACCACAACAUCAAGUCAUAUUCCAUGCCAAAUGUAACAUGGUGUAGAUCAGAAGAAAAUGUAACAAACAUACAGUGCCAGUCAAAAGUUUGGACACACCUACUCAUUCCAGGGUUUUUCUUAAUUU